UGUGUGUGUGUGUGUGUGUGUGUGUGUGUGGUCAGCUGACUGAUACUGGCAGCGUCUCGCAGCCGUCACAACACUGACGUGUGUGCUGCUAGCCUGACAGCUUAGCUUAGCUUAGCUUUUAGUUUAGCUUAGCAUAGUUUAGCAGCGCCCAGCCGAAGCUCUGCCGUCGGACCGGCGGUUGGGUUGGGUAAUGUUUGCCGGCGGAGCAAGGAGCGUACGCGGAGGAUUGCGCACCACCACCAACCCAUGGCGGCCGAAAUCCAGCCCCAGCCGCAGGCUCGGAAGCCCUGUCUGCUGAGCAAAAUCGAGGCUUUUCAAGAGGUUGUGAGCUCGGCGGUCAUCAUCCCCAGAGAGGACGGCGUGAUCAGCGUGUCCGAGGACAGGGCGAUUCGAGUAUGGCUGAAGAGAGACAGCGGUCAGUACUGGCCCAGCGUCUACCACACACUGUCAUCGUCGUGCUCCUGUAUGUCCUUUAACCCAGAAACCAGGAGGCUGUCGGUGGGGAUGGAUACUGGGAGUAUCUGUGAGUUCAUCCUGUCAGAAGACUACAACAAGAUCACUCCAGCACGCACCUACCAGGCCCACCAGGGCAGAGUGACGGUGGUGCUGUUCGUGUUGGAGAUGGAGUGGCUCCUGAGCACCGGCCAGGACAAAAAUUUCACGUGGCACUGCUCAGAGAGCGGUCAGCAGCUGGGGACGUACCGCACCGCUGCAUGGGUCUCUGGACUACAGUUCGACGUGGAGACCAGACACGCCUUCGUCGGGGACCAGUCUGGUCAGGUGACCAUCCUGAAACUGGAGCAGGACAGCUGCAGCCUGGUCACCACCUUCAAGGGACACACCGGUAAUGUGACGGCUCUGUGCUGGGACCCGGCCCAGCGGGUGCUGUUCUCCGGCAGCUCGGACCACUCCAUCAUCAUGUGGGACAUCGGAGGGCGAAAGGGCACGGCCAUCGAACUGCAGGGACACAAUGACAAGGUCCAAGGCCUGUGCUACGCCUCGCACACUCGUCAGCUCAUCUCCUGCAGCUCAGAUGGAGGCAUCGUCAUCUGGAACAUGGACGUGACGCGACAAGAGACUCCAGAGUGGCUGGACAGUGACUCCUGUCAGAAGUGUGAGCAGCCUUUCUUCUGGAACUUCAAACAGAUGUGGGACAGCAAGAAGAUUGGCCUGCGACAGCACCACUGCAGGAAGUGCGGCCAAGCAGUGUGCGGCAAGUGUUCGUCCAAGCGCUCCACCAUCCCCCUCAUGGGCUUUGAGUUCGAGGUGCGUGUGUGCGACAGCUGCCACGAGUCCAUCACCGACGAGGACCGAGCGCCCACAGCCACCUUCCACGACAGCAAGCACAGCAUUGUUUACAUGCACUACGAGCCCACCACCGGGAACCUGCUCACCUCCGGCUCCGACAAGGUUAUCAAGCUGUGGGACAUGAAUCCUGUGGUGUCCUGAGGUCCGUGGACUCUGUUCACAGAACUGUGACAGUUUAACGGCAACACGCGCACUUGGAGGAGUCAUUCAACUGGUGUCGACGUCAUCCGGAUCUAAUAUUUAGCAUUUAUUCAACAACGAGCAGCGGCUGUUUUGCACGUUCGCAGUGAGGGACACUGCAGAGGCCGGUGGAGCCCGGGAACAGGGACGGGUCUCGGUCGACGCGAGAUGUGUAAAUAAAAGUUAUUGGUGUUUGUUUUGUGUGAAGGGUGCUGAGUGUGUGUCUGUACUGUAUUUGAGCAUGAGUGUGUUUGUGUCGGAGGGAAUGAGACGUUUGACUUUGUGAGCAAUCAACACAUUAUAUACUUAAUUGUCAUGCAUUCCUUUCCACAUUUCAUGCUGGAAACUCACCAAACAGUAGCUUUUUUUUUUUUUGAGAUGUGAAGUUUGUCAUGGAACUGGACCAUAACUCACUGACAGAUUUAAACUCAUGCAGAUAUUCUCCACGAGAGGGAGCCGCUGAAUCGUUUUGUCAAACCAGAUUCACACUUGCCAAAACUGCACCACCUUCAGGAAAGAAAAGUAACAGCAGCAGAUCUGGACAUAUCGAUGGUGUCAAGUGGAAUCAAGAAUUAUCCACCUAACUAAACAUCUGACAUUGUUUACAUUUGUGCCUUUAUCCCACCAAAAUAUUUGGUCACAUGUAAACACAAGUGUGAACACCGCAGGAGCUGUUGCAUUCCUCACCUGUAGAUGGUGCUAAUGAGCAUAUUGACAGCGGACCCUCAUCGUGGUUAUCGAAGUUAACACAGUGUUUGUCUAAAUCCAGUGAAGUGCAGAAUACAACCGUCAUCUUCUUUCACCUGUUAAUUAUUUAAUCAAAGUGCUUUCUGUCUUUAUUCUUUUGAGAUUAUUUAUUUUUCCAAAUGUGGUCUAAAUAUUCCUGACAUGCACAUAUCAAACACUUAAAUACUUAACAUGCACCACCGGGGCUGAACAUGGUUAACUUUCAUUUUGUCCUUUUGUAAGUCACAUUACUGUAUACUGAUGUUUGUCAAUGCACUGGAAUCAAGAAGAAAAAAUGAUGUGACGAACCAAUGCUGUGAAGUUUAUUUUCUAUUACAAUUAUCACUUUUGUACUUUAAUGAUCAGAUGUUAAUUAAGUUGAAUUCUUGCUAAUGUUCAAACCCCCACUGAAUAUUUCCCAAAGAUGUUUGAUGUCUUGAAUGAAAAUGAGUUUAAAUGAUAAACUGUAGACUUGACUGUUUGAUCGCUCGUUCACAGCUUCUCAUAAAAAAGGUACAUGUACAGCAGCUGUUAACUGAACGUGAGCCUGAGCGUACGAAUAUUUCAAAGGACCAUACCAGUGUUUUUAUGACAUUUCAGCUCCUGAACUUAACAUUCUGUCUAUUUAAAAAAAAAGAAGAAGAAAUCCUCAUGGUAUCUAAUGCAUGGUGUACUGUUGUCCCCCCAGUGUUUCCAAGAAGCUGUUGGUUUACUGCUGAAUAAUCAUCACCCUGUAAUAAUCAUCACCCCUGAAAUUUAAACUCUGGCUGCCUGGAAAAGUAGUAAAAAGAUAAAUUAAAUAAAAAUCCCCAAAACUGCGACACCGUAGCUUGUUAAGGAGACAAAAGUCCUCACAUUAAGUGGGUGUUAUUUAAAUGAGCAAAAAAAAAAAUAUAUAUAUAUUUGCUAAAUCACUUGUGUCCUUUAAAUUGAAAACCCAGUCUACACAGGGAAGUCAAUUUUUUUCCCACGAACAAUAUCUAAACUUUUGUUGCUGUCACAUGAAUUUAUCCGAGGCCAGUUGUGACCAUCAAUGUGACUUAGUGUGAAUAAAUAAUAUAUUAAAAGAGCAGGUAUUCACCCACCGGA